AGUAUACGAAAGUUUAAAAUUAUUAUUGUAUUUAAUAUAAUAUUUCUUAUAAUACUAAUUUAAUGAAUGACAUAAGCUACUAGUUUGAUUCAUAUUUAUUUAAUUCAAUGGACUGUAUAAUAGUUGAGAGAAGUUAUUAAAUUUAAAAAACAAAUGGGCCAAAAAUCUAGUCAAUUCUCUGCUGAAGAGUUAAAUGACUAUCAGGAUCUCACUUAUUUUACAAAAAAAGAAGUUUUGAUUGCGCAUGAAAAGUUCAAGUCUUUAGCCCCUGAAAAAGUGGGACAUAAUAAAAAUGCCAAAUUAGCACUAAACAAGGUCCUUAAGCUUCCUGAAUUAGCUGCUAAUCCUUUUGGUGAACGUAUGUGUCAAGUAUUCAGUUCUAGUCAAGAUGGGGAUUGCACAUUCGAAGACUUUCUAGAUAUGAUGUCAGUAUUUAGUACUAUGGCACCUGCAGAUGUAAAGGCUGAACAUGUCUUUAGAAUUUUUGAUUUUGAUGGUGAUGACAUGUUGGGUGUUGGAGACAUAAAAAAAGUAAUUCAAUGUUUAAUUGGAGAACAAAAUAUAUUUAAUGAUAAUGAUCUUAAACGUUUGGUACAAAAAAUAUUUGAAGAAGUAGAUUUUGAUGAUGAUGGCGCUCUUUCGUUUUCCGAAUUUGAACAUGUAACUGACAUGUGUCCAGAUUUUGUGAAGAUGUUCAAUAUUAAACUUUGAAAAUAUAAGUUUAAAAAGAAGAAUAUAAGUUUGGAUAUAGUACAUAAAACAAAAAUAAUUUUGUGGAUAAAUUAUAUUUUAUUUUAUUUUUAAAUUAUUAUUUAUUAUAACUCAAUACAUAUAAAUUGAGAAUAUCGAUUGACUUAUGAAAACAUGUAAAAUAAAAAAAAAAAAUAUGUUUGUUCAA